AUGGCAGGGUUUCAGAGACAGAAGGAUUAUAAUUCAAUUGGUUCAUAUUAUGAAGAUAAACAAGAUAAUACAAUGGAUGCAGAACCUCCUCAGUUUGAAACUGAAAUGAUUCAUAUGGUUCCAGAGAGAAGCAAUUCUCGCUGGAAUCAUAUUGAAAAUUUAGAUGAUUUUUUCACCCGAGUUUAUCAAUAUCAUCAACGUUCAGGUUUUAUGUGUAUGGUUGCUGAAGAAAUAUUUCAAUUAGUGCAAUUUAUAUUUGUUGUGGUAUUUUCAUCAUUUUUAUUGAAGUGUGUGAAUUACGAUGUUUUAUUUGCCAAUGUAUAUUAUAAUACUACACAUAAAGUUACUAUUGAAGAGGCAGUCUAUUCUACAGAUCAGUGCUUGGAUAGAUUUGACUUCACCUUGAUAGUGUGUCUCAUUAUAGCUAGUGUUUUUUGGUUGUUACGUUUAGUGAAAGUUAUUUAUAAUGUAUUUAAAUAUUCAGAAAUACGCUCCUUCUUCCUCUCAGCACUCAAUAUAUCAGCUGUAGAUUUACCAAACAUGACCUGGCAUGAAGUACAGAGAAGGUUAUUAGAGGUACAGAAAGAACAACAGAUGUGUGUACAUAAAUCAGAAUUAACAGAAUUAGAUAUCUAUCACAGGAUAUUACGUUUCAAGAAUUAUUUCAUAGCUAUGGUUAAUAAAGAUGUUCUACCAGUCAAAUAUAAUGUACCCUUAAUUGGACCGUGUGCCUUUUUGAGUACUGGAUUGAAGUAUAAUCUAGAGCUGAUACUAUUUUGGGGUCCAUGGUCACCAUUUCAAAAUAAUUGGCAUUUAAGAGAUGAUUAUAAAAACACUAAUAGAAGAAAACAGCUUGGACAAGAGUUAAGUACAAGGUUUUUUUGGCAUGGUAUAGCUAACUUAUUUUUGUUACCAGUGAUAUUUUUAUGGCAGAUUUUAUAUUUCUUCUUUAGAUAUGGCGAGUUGAUCAAAAGACAGCCAGGUGCACUGGGAGCUAGAAGAUGGUCUAACUAUUCAAGAAAUUACUUACGUCAUUUCAAUGAAGUUGAUCAUGAAUUUGAUGCCAGAUUAAGUAGAGCUUAUAGUUUAUCAAACCAUUAUAUGAAUAUAUUUACUACACCUAUUCUUGUUAUCAUAGCCAAGAAUAUAGCUUUCUUUGCUGGCUCGGUAUUAGCUGUAUUAGUUGUUUUAACUGUUAUUGAUGAAGAUGUUCUGAGUGUUCAACAUAUGUUAACUACUAUGACUGUAGCAGGUGUUAUUGUUACUGUUUGUAGUAGUUUGAUUCCAGAAGAGCAUACAGUACAUUGUCCUGAGAGAUUAAUGAAGAAUAUAUUAGCUCAUAUACAUUAUAUGCCUGAACAGUGGAAGGGUGUAGCUCAUACUUAUAAAGUUAGAGAUGAAUUCUCUCUUUUAUUUCAAUAUAAAGCUUCCUACCUGAUAGAAGAAUUAUUGAGUCCCAUUAUAACACCAUUUUUGUUGUGUUUCUGCUUUAGUCAACGUUCAUUAGCUAUAGUAGAUUUUUUCCGUAAUUUUACCGUGCAAGUUGUAGGUGUGGGUGAUGUUUGUUCAUUUGCUCAGAUGGACGUCAAGAAACAUGGUAAUCCUGAGUGGGGAACAGAAACACAACCAGAUUCUGAUCAAUAUCAUCAAGCAGAAGAUGGUAAAACAGAGUUAUCUCUCAUGCAUUUCCAUCUUACCAAUCCAGAAUGGAAACCACCAAACAACUGUAGUUUAUUUAUCAAUAAUGUUAAGGAAAAUGGUAAGCUUUAUUUUCAACUGAACAAUAGUCAAUUUCAUGUGAGAAUGAAGUAUGUUAAAUGA